AUGUCAUCAGCCAACCGCGGUGUCGAUGGGGGUCGAAAUCGUCGCAAGCGCUCCAGAGAGCCAGAAGAUGAUGAUUUGCCAGGUGGUGCCGCACCUUCUAGUCCACCUGGAGAUUUCAGAUCCUCCCCACCAGCACCAAUCCGGCACGGUGUCGAAGACGAGGAUGAUGACGAGAUAGAGGAUGAUGUUGAGAUCGCUGUCGAUAUCGAUGAUGUAGAUGAGAUGGCAGAAGAUGAGGAUGGAAUUGACCUCUUCGCUGGCAAUUAUGAACGAGAUUACAAUGCCCAAGACAAUACAAAUUACGAGGGUGCGGAUAUUGACGACGAAGGGGACUACGAUGAACUCGACGCUGCUGCCAGAAGACAGCUCGAAGCCCGAUUGAAUCGUCGUGAUAGAGAGCUUGCUAGACAGCGCCGUAUGCCAGCUGCUUUCUUGCAAGAUGAAGAUGAGGACGGAGACUUGGAUUUAAUGAACCAACCAAGACGUAGACGCCAUCACUAUGAUGAAGACGAAGAUGAAGACAUGCAAGAGGAUAUUAUGGAAGAAGAAUUGUCUCUCGAGACUUUACAGGACGUCAAGUCGUCCAGUCUGGUCGAGUGGAUUGCUACACCAUCCGUUCAAAGAACUAUUCGGAGAGAAUUCAAAGCUUUUCUCACCGAAUACACCGACGACCAUGGAGUUUCUGUUUAUGGUAGCCGCAUCAAGACACUAGGAGAGAUCAACGCAGAAUCAUUAGAGGUUUCAUAUGACCAUUUAUCCGCCUCGAAAGCCAUCCUUGCAUAUUUCUUGGCGAAUGCUCCAGGCGAGAUGCUUCAAUUAUUCGAUGAAGUUGCUAUGGAGGUUACCCUUUUGCAUUAUAAUGAUUACCAACAAAUUCAUUCCGAGAUUCACGUUCGAAUUACCGAUUUACCCGUUCAUUAUACUUUACGACAACUUCGCCAAACACAUUUAAAUUGUCUUGUUAGAGUCAGCGGUGUGGUUACUCGCCGAAGUGGUGUAUUUCCCCAAUUGAAAUAUGUCAUGUUCGAUUGUUCCAAAUGUCAUACAAGACUUGGCCCUUUCCAACAAGAGUCCAAUGUGGAAGUUAAGAUUUCUUUCUGUGCAAAUUGUCAAUCUCGUGGUCCUUUCAACCUGAACUCGGAGAAAACUGUCUAUCGCAACUAUCAAAAAUUGACCCUUCAAGAAUCUCCAGGCACUGUUCCUGCUGGUCGUCUGCCCCGUCAUCGUGAAGUUAUUCUUCUCUGGGAUCUUAUCGACAAAGCCAAGCCCGGCGAGGAGAUUGAAGUCACGGGUGUUUACCGCAAUAACUACGAUGCUCAAUUGAACAAUCGAAACGGUUUCCCUGUAUUUGCAACAAUAUUAGAGGCCAACAAUGUUGUCAAAUCUCAUGACCAACUUGCUGGAUUCAGACUCACAGAAGAAGAUGAGCAUGAGAUUCGCGCACUUUCUCGGGAUCCUCAAAUUGUGGAUAAAAUUAUCAAUUCGAUUGCUCCAAGUAUUUAUGGCCAUACUGAUAUCAAAACAGCCGUGGCCUUGUCACUCAUGGGUGGAGUUGCCAAAGUUGCUCAAGGAAAGCAUCAUAUCCGUGGUGAUAUAAAUGUACUACUUCUUGGAGAUCCUGGAACAGCAAAAUCUCAAGUUUUAAAGUAUGUAGAAAAGACCGCCCACAGAGCAGUCUUUGCCACUGGUCAAGGAGCUAGUGCUGUUGGUCUCACAGCAAGUGUACGCAAAGAUCCUCUUACUAGUGAGUGGACUUUGGAAGGUGGUGCUUUGGUGCUUGCAGAUAGAGGAACAUGUCUCAUCGAUGAGUUUGAUAAGAUGAACGAUCAAGAUCGAACAUCAAUUCACGAAGCUAUGGAACAACAAACUAUUUCGAUCUCCAAAGCUGGUAUCGUCACAACACUCCAGGCUCGAUGUGGUAUUAUUGCGGCAGCCAAUCCAAUUGGUGGACGUUACAAUUCAACCAUCCCCUUCUCACAGAAUGUUGAGCUCACUGAGCCAAUUUUGUCUCGUUUCGACAUUCUUUGCGUUGUUCGUGAUACUGUCGAUCCGGCGGAAGAUGAAAGACUCGCUAGAUUCGUCGUGGGUUCUCACUGUCGUUCCCAUCCAGGAAGCCAACCUACGGAUGAAAAUCAAGCCUCUAUGGAAACAGAGCAUGACGCUGAAAUGCGCGACAGUGCUAUCAAUGGUGGCGAGCCAAAACAAGAAGGCGAGAUCAAACAAGAGUUGCUUCGAAAAUACAUUCUUUAUGCUAGAGAAAGAUGCAGCCCAAAGCUAUACAACAUCGAUGAAGAGAAAGUUUCCAAGCUCUUUGCAGAUAUGAGAAGAGAAUCAUUAGCGACCGGAGCUUAUCCUAUCACUGUUCGCCAUCUUGAAGCCAUCAUGCGUAUCAGUGAAGCGUUUUGUCGAAUGCGCCUCUCUGAAUAUGUCUCUGCGCAGGAUAUUGAUCGAGCGAUUGCUGUCACCAUUGAUUCUUUCGUUGGGAGUCAAAAGAUUAGUUGCAAGAAAGCACUCGCCCGUGCUUUUGCGAAGUAUACACUUGCAAGACCUGGUGGCGGAAGGAGGAACAGAAAUUCUGAGAGAGGACAGAGAGCGGCUACUGCGACAAUGGCUUAA